AGAACCUGCGAAGAUGGCUGUCACGACCGUCAAUCGUGCGAAGCUAGCCUCGAAGCGGACGACCGCAGAGCAAGCUAUCGCAGGCAUCGAUGUCAAGGGCAAGGUGGCUGUCGUGACCGGUGGCUCCUCCGGCAUCGGUGUGGAGACUUGCCGCACCCUGGCGCUCCACGGGGCCAAGGUGUAUCUGGGAGCGCGCUCGGCGGAGGCGGGUCAGGCGGUGAUCGACAGCAUCAGGCGCGACGCGGGCGAGGCGGGCUCCGGCCUGCAGCUACAGCUGCUGGUGUUAGACCUGUCCGAGCUGGCCAGUGUGCGGCGGGCGGCGGAGCAGGUUCUCGCGGCGGAGGCGGCUGGGGAGGCUGCGGCGGGCGUGCAGCUGCUCAUCCUGAACGCGGGCGUCAUGGCGUGCCCGCUCAUGCACACCCAGGACGGCUUGGAGUUGCAGACGGGCGUCAACCACGUCGCCCACUUCUACCUCACACAGCUGCUGCUGCCGGCCAUCAAGCCCGGCGCCGACGGCGCGCCGGCGCGAGUGGUGUCGGUGGCCUCCUCCGCGCACCAGUUUGCGCAGGGCAUGCCGAUGGACGAUCUGAACUGGGAGAAGCGGUCGGUGGCCGGCAAGUACGGCCCGUGGCAGUCGUACGGGCAGAGCAAGGCCUGCAACGUGCUGUUCGGCCGGGAGCUGGCCAGGAGGAUGUCUGCUGAGGGCCGGCCGGUGCUGGCCUUCUCGCUGCACCCCGGCAUCAUCAUGACGGCCCUGCAGCGCCACCAGUCGGGCCUGGUCAAGGCGGCCAUCCGCUGGAUGACGGCGCCCUGGCAGAAGACCACGGCGCAGGGCGCCGCCACCAGCAUCUACGCCGCCACGGCUCCCGAGCUGACGUCAGCUCAGUCGGGCUCCUACCUGACAGACUGCGCGAUCAGCCCCUCCUCCAAGCUGACCUCCGACAUGGCAGUGGCGGCCGGGCUGUGGGAGGCCACUGAGGCGCUGUUGGCGCGGGCGCUCAAGGGCGAGCUGAAGCAUCUGGUGGAGGCGAACAAGGAGGUGAAGGCGGAGGUGAAGGCGGAGGUGAAGGUGGUGAAGGAGGAGGCAAAGGAGGGGAAGGAGGUGGUGGUAGAGGAGGAGGCAAAGGAGGUGACGGAGGCGGUGGACGCGGAGGCAAAGGAGUUGAAGGCGGCGGUGAAGGCGGCGGCGGUGAAGGAGGAGGCAAAGGAGGGGAAGGCGGAGGCAAAGGAGGCGAUGGUGAAGGAGGAGGCAAAGGAGGCGAAGGCGGAGGUAAAGGAGGAGACGAAGGAGGCGGGUGAGGAGGUCGGAGACAAGGCGAAGGGGAAUGAGGUGGCCAAGGAAGGGGCUGUCAAGGGUGAGAAGGAGGCGGCGGUGGAUGGGGCAAAUGGGGAGGUGAAGGAGGCUGUGGGUGUGGCAGCUGCCGCGGCAAAUUAAGCCAGCCGUGCGUGAUGGCAGCAGCAGGCAUGAUGCAGUGGAGCGGGGGUGACAGGCCUCGUGGAUCAGAGGCAAGGAUGGGGCGACGGUGGUUAGUUUGCAGGAACGAAGGCAUGGGGGGCAGCUGACAUCGCCUGGCUUGAUGGUGAAGCGCGGGGUAAGGACGUCAGGGAGCGCAACAAGGAUAGAAGCUUUUGGCAAUUUGGCUUCACAGUACAGUGGCCGGGGUUCCCGACAAAGCCCACGCACGAGCCAUUACAUGCAACGAUGACAUGACUCUUGACGCAUAUUGUGCUUCUUGUUAUAUGCGCUUUCGGUGCAUGCACGAGGUAAACCUGUGACGGGUACCGUAUGCAUGCAUUCGUACAGUUUUAUUAUUGUCAUGCACAGGUGUUGUAACAAACCACCAGU